GGCUUGUUCGCGCAUGCUCUGGCUGAUAGUUCUUUGAGGAGCGCAGUUUGCUGCUUGUUUGUGUUUAUUGCUCUGAAAUUAGCUUGAGUCAUGGCCUAUCAGCUGUACAGGAAUACCACUUUGGGAAACAGCCUUCAGGAGAGUCUGGACGAGCUCAUUCAGACUCAGCAGAUCACGCCUCAGCUGGCACUUCAGGUCCUCCUUCAGUUUGAUAAAGCCAUCAAUACAGCGCUCGCCAAUCGGGUCCGCAACAGAGUCAACUUCAAGGGCUCCCUGAACACCUACAGGUUUUGUGAUAACGUGUGGACAUUUGUCCUGAACGACGUGGAGUUCAGGGAGGUGACGGACAUGGUGAAGGUGGACAAAGUGAAGAUCGUGGCCUGUGACGGAAAGAAUUCAGGCUCCAACGCUGCAGAGUGACCUUCGUCUCUCCGUGUCCUCCUCCACCAGCUGGAGUUACAGACCUGGACUGUACAUAUUAUUUAUCACAGCUGUGUGUGUGUGUGUAUAUGUGUGUGUGAG